GUAGAAUACUAGAACAUCUUAAAUAUUUUAGUAUAUUUCUAUGCUCACUUCCACAUAUUAUUAUGUCUAUUGACUGUAAUUCUAUUAUAGAAAAAUGUCGACCGUUAAAGAAGAGUCCUACAAUUUGCCAUCCACAAGUGGCACCAGCGUUGCAGUUGCAGCCGAUCAGAGAGGAGCAGCUGGCAAUGAAUCUGUAGUUACAUAUUGUGCCGAAUACAUUAGUAUACGUGUCACAACUAGCGCCAGGACCAACGAAGUACAUUUCCGUUUGAAACCUGAUGUAACAUUUGUUUGUAUGAAAACAACAUACUGCAAAAAAUUGGGUUUUAUUAAUAAGGAUGAUUCGCGUUUUGUGUAUGAUUGUAUACGAAUCGCUGAUGAUUAUACACCAAAAUCGUUACAUAUGAUGGAUGGUGAUGUUGUUGAGAUAUACCAAGUACUAAGAAAUUAAGGGUUCUUAUUGGCCAGUUUCAUCAUACGGACAUCAGGACGAUUUAAUAAAUAAUUACAGUGGCUAAAAGGAAUACGCAAGAGGGAAAGAGUAUCUGGAACAAAAGGUAGGAAUAUUGGAAAAAACUUUAGAUAGGAGGGUAGGGAAAUCAACUUCACCAUUUAUAAGUUUAAAAAAAACUUUAGAUUGCCUUGUUUCCUUACAUCACAUAGGGUAGACAAAUGGAGACGUUGCAACACUGGUUCACACUCAUAAGGCGCGCACCCUACACUUAAUGGGAUAGUGACAAAUUUCAAAAAUGUACACUGAACUCUUUUAAGUUUAUGAGUUGAUUAUGAAUUGAUGUUUCAAGAUUAUGUUGAAGAUGAGGUUGAAGGACAUAAUUGACGUUUUUGUGAAUUAAAAAAAGUAUGAAUUUUUUGAAGAAUAUCAAAAGAAUUUCCAAUUGGAACUACUUCAGCAACUUUUGAUAAAGUUAAGUUUAAACCUUGGGAUUUACAAUGAAUUUAUUUUCAAUAACAGCCUGAUUGCCUUUAAAAUGGCUGCUCGUAUAAAAAAACGCCAUCAUUGCCUAGUCACUCGUAAAAAGUUUAAAACAAUUACAACAUUAAUAAAUGUUUUUAAAUUAAUAACUGCCAAGUUUUCCGUCGUUUUCGAAACGUCUAGCAAUUUUUCUGUUUCAGUCAUAAUAUUAUUGUACUGCGGAACGCCAUAAAAUUCGAUCGAAUUCGAUUUCAUUUGGAACUAUGCAAGGUAAUUGU